CUUGUUCACUGUUCAGUGUUCACACUUCACACACUCACUUCUUACAGAUUCCCACACUCUCUCACCUUCCUUUUUCUUUCUUUUGUUCCUUUCCCCAGCCAGGUCUUUCUUGGAAAAGAAAAAGUCUUUGGGUUUGUGCAGUAGUUGAGUUGAGGAAGUGAUGGAAGCAGUUUACAGGUUGAAACCUCUUUUGGAUGUGGUUAGAGUUGGGAACGCUACCACUUCUGAGAUGCGUCUUGAAUCAACGGCUAAUUGUUACCUGCAGCUAGAAGCUCCUCAACCUCAAGAGAAUAAUAAUGUAACCGACUCAUCAUCAGAUAUGUCGGAUCGGAUAAUCAAGAUCCAGAUCGCCAAUCACCCUCUUUAUCCAGAUUUACUCUCUGCAUAUAUUGAAUGCCAAAAGGUUGGAGCACCGCCAGAACUGGCAUGCCUUCUUGAAGAAAUAGGCCGAGAAAGCCACCGCAUGAAUGCUCGCCGUGAGAUAGGGGAGGGCCCUGAACUUGACCACUUCAUGGAAACAUUCUGCCAAGUUCUUCAUAGAUACAAGGAGGAGUUGUCCAGGCCCUUCAACGAAGCGACUUUGUUUUUGGGUGACAUGGAAUCACAACUCAGCAACCUUUGUAAUGAAACACUAACAAAGUCAUCGGAUAACAACAACCGCUCCGACGAGGUAGCUAGUGGGGCAUCAGAAGAGGAAUUAAGUUGUGGGGAGAUGGAAGCAUUUGAAGAUAAUGUAUCUUCAGUAACUUGUCCAAGUGAUCAAAGGCUUAAAGAGAUGCUCCUUCGCAAAUACAGUGGCCAUUUUAGCGGUUUGAGAAAGGAAUUUCUGAAACGAAGAAAAAAGGGUAAGCUACCAAAGGAUGCAAGGAUGGCACUCAUGGGCUGGUGGAACACCCAUCAUAGAUGGCCUUAUCCUACGGAGGAGGAGAAAGUGAAGUUAUCAGAAAUUACUGGUCUGGAUCAAAAGCAGAUCAAUAAUUGGUUCAUCAAUCAGAGAAAACGGCAUUGGAAACCUACCGAGGACAUGCGAUUUGCCGUCAUGGACGGAUUAAGAGGCGGCGGUGGCGGCGGCAUAGGAGGGCCUAUGUUGUUUUAGCUCUGGAAGUGCUCCUCAACGAUCUGAACUUGUACCCUUCGUAAUUGCAGGAGCAAUGUAUGUGCAUUGCAUUCCUGUUACACAUGAUAUAUAUACUAAAUUUUAGAGACUGAACUGUUGUUUAGCUAAUAUACUUGUCAAAGUUGUAGUUAUAGUAGUGUAAUGCGCCAUUGUUAUGCAGUAUUCCUGAAUCUUUGAUUAUAUUAUAACAAUGUCGUGCUGAAGAAAAAUAGAAAAAAAGAAAGAAAAGAAUGGAUCUUCUUCUAGUUA